AUCAAAAGGUGUCAAAUCUCGAAAUGACAAAUAUUUUGAGCGCGACUUGGAAUUGAGAAGAGGAUAUUGCUAAAUAAUGAGAUGACAUUGUAAGAGAAAGUGCUAAAUAGACUAUAUGAAAUUAUAGAGAAACACCACAUCUAUUAUAAUAUCAGAUUUAUUGAGAUCUUUUACACUAAAAUAUGUAUAGUAAAUUACAAGUGUGUUCCUACCGCAUUAUCCCAUUGGGACAUAUCGGAGAAGUCAAUCUCAAAUUGAAGGAGAAGAGUUAUAAAGACAAGUUUGGAUCCUUUUCCCUUUCAGUUUGAUGAUGUUUAUAUCCAAAUCAGCUAAUAACAAUGUCCAAGCUAAACCAACACGAAAUAAUACCUCUACCAACCGACAUCGGUGCCUUGGGUAACAGAAUCAAUAUCAAUACCAGAAAAGAACAUGAUGUGGUGGAUAAAACAGUAUCGUUGAAAUUCGCAGUUGCAUUAAGAGAUGGUAAAAUCUAUAGACAGGGCAUCCAAGGGUUUUAUCAUGUCUUCAAGACCAUUGAAAUCCUUAUAAAUCAAGAAUUACAACAAAAACCAAGAUCUAAAACUGGUGAUUUAUUAGCUUCAUUUUGGGAUGAAAAAAUUUCAAGAACAGAACCUUUAACAAGAGAUUUACUAUAUUUUUAUGAUAAUGAUCCAAAAAAAUUUGAAGCCCCAAUAAGAGAAGAACAGAUUGAUUUUGUUAAUCAUAUUUAUAAAGUCCAUCAAGAAAAACCUCAUGUUUUAUUAGCUUAUUGUCAUGUCAUGUAUUUGGCUUUAUUUGCUGGCGGUAAAGUGUUGAGAUCAAGUUUAGCUAAAGCUACUGGUUUAUUCCCACAAGUUGAUGGUCAAACUACUGAACAAGUUUCAUUAUACGGUACAAAUCUUUUCCAAUUUGACGUUGAGGAUGACCAAGUUUUAAGACAAUCCUAUAAAAGAGAAUAUGAAUUAGCUACAAGAAAUGCAUUAACAGAACAAGAAAAAUUGGAUAUUAUUGAAGAAGCUAAAGAAAUCUAUAAAAGAAAUGCCGAAAUGAUUAGAGGUAUUGAGCGUCAUAAUAGAGAAAAAAUUACUGGUAAAUUAUCAUAUAAAGUUGCAGUUUAUGGGUACUAUAUUGGAUUAAUACUGGCAAGUAUUGCUUUAUUAUAUUUUACUCGUCGUAUCUUGAACCAUUUGAUAUUUUAAAAGCAACAUAUAUAUUCUUAUUUUUUAAUGAUACCUUAUGAUAAGUUAUAUUGCAGUGUAGUUGUCUAC